AUGAGGUUCAUCCAGAGAGUAUCUGGAGUCAACCUUAGAGAAGCUGAGAAGGUUGAACAUCUGGAGGGAGCUCGGAGUCGCUGCUUCUUCGCCUCUAAACACCGCUCCCCAAUACCCCGACCUCACCACUUCCCAACAUUCCGACCUCAUUGCUCCCCAACACCCCGACUUCACUGCUCCCCAACACCUUGACCUCACUGCUCCCCAACACCCUGACCUCAUCGCUCCCCAACACCCUGA